CUGACAGCUACCUUCACCAUCUCACCCUCUCGCAUAUUCAGAAGGUCACACUAAACUGACAGGUCGUCUUGAAGACAGCCUGAAAAGACGACAGCAUGGCUCCGCUCCUACGCCCCAGAUACAGCUUGCCGAAGGAGAAGUUUUCGGCCUAUUUUGGACCGCUGAAGAGUCAGUCCUACAACGACACCACCUCCGGGCCUCGGGGUGGUGGUGGAAGUCAUCACAGCCUAAGCACAAUAGCCUGGAACCCAUUGGGAACUCUUAUUGCCACUGGUGCUGUUGACAAGACACUUCGUGUCUGGAAUCCCGAGAAGCCCAAUGUCAAAUUCUCAACCGAGCUCAAAGGUCAUGCUGCUCCGAUUGAGAAGGUCGCCUUCAACCCCGUCAAGGAUGCUGAACUUUGCAGCGUCAGUAGCGAUGGCGCUGUCAAGAUCUGGGACGUAAGGACCAAGGCAUGUGUCAACGAGGUCAAGGUUUCUGGUCACGCCACAUCCCUGGCUUGGGCACCUGAUGGAUCCUCGUUACUCGUUGGUAGCAAGAAUGGCGAUUUGUUCCAUAUCCUGCCCUCUCAGUCUUCCAUCGUUUCGACCCACCAUCAAGCGGUCGGUACAAACCAGAUGGCCUUCUGUUGGAGUGGUGACAAGGUAUUUCUGCCCACCAACGAAGGAAGGAUACGCAUUUUGUCCUACCCCGACUUUGAACCUGUCCUGCAUGUGAACCACGCCGUCCCAGAGGGCGAGUCAACUGAAUUCACGCUCAAAGGCCAUACAGCAUCUUGCCUAACAGCUGAGCUCUCUCCCACGGGCAAAUACCUGGCAACGGGAGGCGCCGAUUCCAUCAUUGCCUUGUUUGAUACCAAAGACUGGAUUUGCCAGCGGACAGUAACCCGCAUGGUUGGGCCGGUCAAGAGCAUAAGCUUCACGUUUGAUGGUAGUUAUGUGGUCGGUGGCUGUGAAGAAGGUGGUAGCUUGGAAGUUACUCAUACCGAGACGGGCGAGCAUGUCCACACCUUCAAGACAGCCGGUGCUUGUGAAGCAGUGGCAUGGGCACCUACCAGAUACUGCCUUGCUUACAGUGAUCUAGGCGUACUCCGCAUCAUCGGCGUGGACACGGAUAGGAAGUGAGCAGUCUCUACAGAGAGUUAUGCUCUGGAAGUUUUCCGGCGCUUAACAGUAGAAUGAGCGUGCUAUGGCACCGUGCAACAGCAAAAGGCCAAAAGUCGUCCUCGACGCUGCCUUGUCGGAUUGACCACAUCGAUAGCAUACAGCUGAUGGACUAUGCCAUACCCCAC